AUGCCGAGAACAGGCACAGGAUCCAGAGAAGUGAAGUUUUACAGGGUGGAUGACGAUGCCGAAGAGCCAUCUCGUAGUUGUGUGAGCGACUACGAUUAUUUCCGCAAUUGCGAGCAUCUACCCUCUCAUGGCAUAAUUGUGGCAGAUCCCUAUUUUCCCGUCAUCAAUAUCGGAAGCUGGCAGCGCCCGAGAUAUUUCCCUCCUCAUGCCAGUAUUAUAUUGUCUGCCCAGGCUUCUAACAUGACAUUUAAGCCCAGCCCAAACUCAGCAAAUGAUCAGAUUAUAGGCGUCGCUCCUCCUUGGGAGGUCUACGGUGGGAGUUUGGGCUCAAGCUCCACACCAGAACUGAUUGCAGUGCCCGCAAGGGGCUUGAAAGGACCCCAAAUCAGGUUUCAAGAAGUCGGCAUGAGCGUUGAAAAACCGAAGAUUGUUAUCGUUCCAAAGGACGAUGAGCAAGCGGUUGAGCUCCAAAUCGAGAAACUGAUUAAAACAGAUGCGCGGCUGCAGAUUAACUUGUUUUAUUCUCCCAAUUGCAAGCCCCAUAUACAAUAG